UGCACGUGUCUCUACGCUUCCCAACAGAAAGGGUGAUCCGUCUUCGAAUGUUGCCUAUAUUCCAACUACUUGAUAUUCUCCAACUUCGACAGUGUUUGGUAUCAGCCAGGUCAACAAAUUCUUUGACGUAAGGCGGAAGAACUUGUUUCGUACAAUAUUGACGCGAAGUAUAGUCGUUGUGUUACCAAUGACGGUGGUUUCUCUUUAUCUCUUGUGAUUUCGAGUAGUUAGCUCUUGUGCCAAAGAGCAUUGUUUUACGAUAACAAAGAAAAGUGUAUUAAAGGCUCAGACUAUACAAUUAGGCCACCGCUCGAGUUUGAUCCAGCAAAAUACCUAAGGCAGCACUCAUAGAUUUCAACAUUCAAGAAGCACACUACACAACAAGAGAGCGAAUCUCAUCACAUCUUGCCACCAACCAUGGAGAGACAGCUUACUCAACGUGAACACCCACCACCACGCACCGCGAAUCUCACCAGGCAAGCAAGCAAUGCUCGAGACUCAGACCAUUACACCCCAGUCCGAGAGGUCUAUCUAAGAGAGAACGAGAUGGAUCAGCGGAAGAAGCGGCUAUCUAAGACCGACAGAGAAAUGAGCAAGUACGAGGAAUAUCUGCGGAACAAAUGGGGCUGCCAUGACGCCAUCCCAGAUCCCUUUGACCCAGAGAAACUUGACGCAGCGCUGAGGUCGCGGUUUCCAGCCAAGAGCAAGCAAGAACGACCUCUCGUUGCACGGGAGAGAGUUCCAGCGCCGUUGCCUCAGCCGGGAAAUCAAGCUCCAGCAGUAAAGGAAACAAAUUCUCAAGAAAUGCCUCCAAAAGACAUGUCUCCUACAUCGGAAGAAAUGAUCCAUGCAAGCGCCGCCAUUGACACCGAUAAGCAAGAGAAAAGCUACGAAAGCGAAGUAUCUUCCGACAACGAAACAUCAUCAGAAAAGCACACUACCCCACCACGCGGACGUUCAUCAACCUCCAGCCGUCGCGGCCGGAGUACAUCAACUUCGGGUCCAGACGCAACGGACCGGCCCCGGACCCCACGCAUCCGAGCCGGCUCGAAACCACCGCUGAGCCGCAGCGCGUUCGUCGCGGGCGGCGUGCCGUGCGAGCACGGGCGGUGCCAGGGCGAGUGCAAGCGCGACGCGGGCAGGCGCGCGAAGGCCCCGGCGUAUUUCCCGUUUAAGAGUCGGGCGAGGUCGCGGUCGAAGUCGAGGGGGGGACAAAGUCAGAAUCAGACCUAAUUUAAUUAGGGUGGGGAUAAUUAUCAUGGGUGAGAUAGAGAUGUUGAUGAGAAAUGAAAUUAUUGUUAUGAAUUUUUGGUAGUUUAUGGGAAAUGAGUGAGAUUGAUAUUGUGAUGUAAUUAUAAUUACCAUUUGUC